AUGGGUUCCUCCGCGAUGGUAUUGGACCCGAAACCCUCAUCGGAGCCACCUCCCUCGUUCCCGGCAAUCAAAUCCGACUAUCUCCAGGGAGGCUUCGGCGGCGGUGAAACCGACGAGGAUGACCUCUACAGCCGCCUUAAGUCCUUCCAGCGUCAGCUUGAGUUCAUCGACAUCCAGGAGGAGUACGUCAAGGACGAGCAGAAGAAUCUGAAGCGCGAGCUGCUGCGCGCACAGGAGGAGGUCAAACGGAUCCAGUCGGUGCCGCUCGUGAUUGGCCAGUUCAUGGAGAUGGUCGACCAGAACAACGGCAUCGUUGGAUCCACCACUGGAUCCAACUACUACGUACGAAUCCUCAGCACGAUUAACCGCGAGCUUCUCAAACCCUCCGCCUCCGUAGCGCUCCACCGCCACUCCAACGCGCUGGUUGACGUCCUCCCGCCAGAGGCCGAUUCUAGUAUCUCGCUCCUCAGCCAGUCCGAGAAGCCCGACGUUACAUAUAAUGACAUUGGAGGAUGUGACAUCCAGAAACAGGAAAUCCGUGAGGCUGUGGAGCUACCCCUUACACAUCAUGAACUAUACAAACAAAUUGGUAUUGACCCUCCUCGUGGAGUUUUACUGUAUGGACCCCCUGGCACUGGCAAAACUAUGCUUGCCAAAGCUGUUGCUAAUCAUACGACUGCUGCCUUCAUCAGGGUCGUGGGAUCUGAGUUUGUGCAAAAGUAUCUUGGUGAGGGUCCACGUAUGGUUCGGGAUGUAUUUCGUCUUGCAAAAGAGAAUGCCCCUGCCAUUAUAUUCAUUGAUGAGGUUGAUGCAAUAGCCACUGCUAGGUUUGAUGCCCAAACUGGAGCUGACAGAGAAGUACAGCGUAUCCUUAUGGAACUUUUGAACCAGAUGGAUGGUUUUGAUCAAACAGUUAAUGUUAAAGUCAUAAUGGCAACUAACAGAGCAGACACCUUGGACCCUGCUCUGUUGCGUCCUGGAAGACUUGAUCGUAAAAUUGAGUUCCCUUUGCCUGAUAGACGCCAGAAGAGGCUUGUAUUUCAGGUUUGCACAGCCAAGAUGAACUUGAGUGAUGAGGUAGACCUUGAGGAUUAUGUUUCCCGUCCAGACAAAAUCAGCGCUGCUGAGAUAGCAGCUAUUUGUCAAGAAGCUGGAAUGCAUGCUGUUCGUAAGAAUAGAUAUGUCAUUCUGCCAAAGGACUUCGAGAAGGGUUAUAGGACAAACGUGAAGAAGCCUGAUACUGACUUUGAAUUUUACAAGUGA